AUGUCAUACUUUUUUCUUUUUUUUCCACAUUCAGUUUCCGUUCUUUCUUUUUUUUUCUUCAUUUACUUAUUUAACUUCAUUUGUUGCCUUUUUAACCUCAAAGUUACUUUCCUUCCCUCUAUUAAGAUUCUUUUAUUUUUACUCAAAAAGCUUCUUUUUUCGUUAUUUGCUUUCUGGCUUUAUUUAGACGUAACUUUUGAUUUUUGCUCUCAAAAUUUUCUUUCUUUCUGUGUUUGCCUUUUUACUCUAAAAGGUUCUUUCUUUCUUUCUUUCUUUCUUUUUAGAUUUUCUUUCUUUCUGUGUUUGCCUUUUUACUCUAAAAGGUUCUUUCUUUCUUUCUUUCUUUCUUUCUUUUUAGAUUUUCUUUUUUUCUGUGUUUGCCUUUUUACUCUAAAAGGUUCUUUCUUUCUUUCUUUCUUUCUUUUUAGAUUUUCUUUCUUUCUGUGUUUGCCUUUUUACUCUAAAAGGUUCUUUCUUUCUUUCUUUCUUUUUAGAUUUUCUUUUUUUCUGUGUUCUUUCUUUCUUUCCAACUUGGUUUCACUCUUUAUUUAUUUGAUUUUUACUCACAAAGCUACUUUCUUUAUUCUUUUGCAUUUUUGUUUCUUUCUUUGUUUGCAUUGUUACUUGAAAACUUCUUUCUUCUUUCUUGCUUUCUUUCUUGCAUAUUUUAUUUAUAUCCCUUCAUUUGUUUGCUUUUUUACUCUUAACUCUUCUUUCUGUUUUCUUCACUUCGCUACUUUUUUAGAUUUUCGAAGAUUCUUUCUUUCAUUUAAUUAA